GGAAACAAGCAGCAGCAGAGGUACUUAGAAGAUGAAACCAGCAGGGCAGCAACUUCAACUUGGGUACCAGGAUUUCGAGCCGACGGCGGAUUGGUUGAGAGAUGAUGCUGAAUUUCACACCUUCCUCCUUUACCUGCCAGGUUUCAGGAAGGAGCAACUGAAGGUUCAGGUGACAUCAGCUGGAAACCUGAGGAUAAGUGGAGAAGGUCCCAUUGUCAGGGACAACAAAAUCAGCCGGUUCUGCCAUGAAGUCCACGUUUCAUCGACAUCGUAUGACAUUGGUGGGAUCACGGCAAAGUUCGAAGGUGGCGUGCUUCGGAUCAAACUCCCCAAGAUCAAGCAGCGACAGGAAUCUGAGCCUCUGAAGAAGCCAGAUGAACAAGUGUUACAGAAAGAUCAAACGGGCUCAGGACCGAAUGCGAAACAACCUGAAGCUAACCAGCUAAAUGAUCCGAAAGUUUCAGCAACAGGUGAUCCUGGAAAUGGUAGUUUGGAGGAUCACAAGACUGCUCCUCGGGAUGCUGAAGCUGAGAAGCAGGAAACAACAACUCAAGGUUCUUCACCUGGUGUAGUGUUGCAUUACAGGGAGUUCUUUGAUGGGUUCGUGACGAAGUUGAAGAUGAUUAAGGGGAGCGAAUCGGCAGGGAUCGUCAUGGCGGCUGGUUUGAUGGGUCUGGUACUGGGAUUUUGCCUGGAAAAGGCUGUCAGGUCGUUCCAGGGAGGAAUAGGGGAUGCAGCUUCAUGAAGAAUGCUUUGAAGAUGUCCAAUUUGGUUUUCAGGAAUUGGUUUGAAAUGGUGUAUGCUUGUAAAGAUACUGAGAAAACAUCAUUGCAAUAAUAAAAUAAAU